CUGAGGAUGCUUCACACAGGGAAGCUGGCUAUUGAGAAAGUGGAUGCAUUAAUUCAGCUAGCGAGUAUUCAUUGAGCAUCUACUAUGUACCAAGCCCCUUUCUACGCAUAAGGAUACAAUAGUGAACAAAGCAAGCAGAACGCUUGGUUACGUUGUAAGAAUGGGGACGCUCCCACAAAAACUAAGUAAAAUAUAUGCCACGUUGGAUAGUGACAAUCUGAAUGAAGUGAGAAAUGUAGUUACAUAAUUACCUCGACUAGAGGAAGAAUAUUGGAGGUAGAGAGAACAGCAAGGGCAAAGGCCCUGGGGUGAGCGUAUCCUUGGUAUGUUUGAGGAUCGGCAAGUAGAUUAGGUGGCAGGGGACAGUAGACGGGGGCGGUAGACCUUAAUGAUCAGUACAGGCCAUUGUAAAGAUUUUGGCUGUUUACCGUAAGUGAAAUGGAGGUCCAGAGUGGUGCUGAGCAGAAGAGUGAUGAUUAUCAAUCCCAUAGGAUGCUUUUAUUUUGCAAGGCUCCGUAUUGAGUGCUGGGAGUGUGCCCGUGAAUUCUUCAUCCUCUCUUCUCUGCAAGUGUUUGUAAUCUGGUGGGGAAACAGGCAGACCAGCUGUCAUACAAGGCUGAGUCAGAUCAUUGCAGCCCCACGAAGACAGACAGUGAGUCACCGGUUGCUGGGAGGUGUCAGGAUUGUGCUUGUGUUCUGAGAAGUGGAUUUGGCUCCCUUACUACUGAAGCGUUUCGGUGCUGACUCAUUUCUCUGGAAGACACACGUACUUUUCAAUAAACCCAUGACAGAGGGCUAAGCACAUGGACUGGAAAUCGGAAGGGAGUGCUCAGAAAACAGAGUCACACGUGCUGCAGGAGCAGGAAGUCAUCCCAGAGGACACAGGCGAAGAUGGCAUCUCUGAAAGCUUCCAGCUUCUACAGAUGGGUGUGGAAUGUGAGCCUCAGGAGAGGGAGACCCUGCCCACGGACAGUGCCACCUGGUGCUCAAAAAAUGUCCAAAGAAAACAGAGACACUGGGAAAAGAUAGUUGCAGCAAAGAAGAGCAAAAGAAAGCAAGAAAAAGAAAGAAGAAAAGCCAAUCGUACAGAAAAUUCAGGCAUCUACCCCCAGCACAGCAAACGUUUUCUGAGAUCCUUAACCAAGGAGAAACUUUUGGAAGCCAAACACUCAGGACCAAGACUCUGUAUCGAUUUAAGUAUGACCCACCACAUGUCUAAGAAGGAACUAAGCAGGCUGGCUGGACAGAUCCGAAGGUUGUAUGGUUCGAAUAAGAAAGCUGACAGGCCAUUUUGGAUCUGCCUCACUGGAUUCACAACAGACAGUCCCCUGUAUGAAGAGUGUUUGAGGAUGAAUGAUGGCUUUUCUAGUUACCUGCUAGACGUAACAGAAGAUGACUGCUUUAGUGUAUUCCCCCUGGAAACCCUUGUGUACCUGACUCCUGACUCAGAACAUGCUCUUGAAGAUGUUGAUCUAAACACAGUUUACAUCCUUGGUGGACUUGUGGACGAAAGCAUUCAGAAGAAGGUGACAUUUCAAAAGGCCCGAGAACACUCUGUCAAGACAGCCCGCUUGCCAAUCCAGGAAUACAUGGUCAGACGCCAGAAUGAGAAAAACUAUCAUUCAGAGAUAUUGGCCAUCAAUCAAGUAUUUGAUAUCCUAUCCACGUACUUUGACACUCAAAACUGGCCUGAAGCAUUGAAGAAAGGAGUUUCUUCCAGAAAAGGCUAUGUUCUUCAGAACUCAGUGGAAUGAUGGACAUCCUAAGAGUGCACCUGCAGGAGGUGAAGUUGCUGGAGGGGCCUUGACCAAAGAGGAGAGCAAAGUGGUGAUGGCACACAAUUGCCUUUACUUGACAUCUCGGAUCUUCAUUAGGAUGUUAUUAAUAACAGGGACCACAUUUUAUGCUCUUUUGUAUCUCCUAUAGUGCCUAGCUCACAGGAAGUGCCCUGUUUAUCUUGACUAAGUAAAAAGUUUACAUAACAAGGAAUUAGCCCUUAAA